GCUCCCUCGAGGUGAUGACCCAGACCUGCUGCACGCGGAAAUGCGCUGGAAAGGUCAAGUCAAAGUGGAGAGCCGCGACGAUGAGCGAGAGGAGGGGGCACCUGUGGAAGAGCUGGACGAGGCGGCAUCGCUACACACCAUGACCUCCACACCCCUGCUGGACAGGACCGUGUGCGCCUGCUGCGACCAGGAGAUCGUGGACAAAUAUUUAUUGAAGGUCAACAACCUGUGCUGGCACGUUCGCUGUCUCUCCUGCAGCGUGUGCCACACUGCUCUGGGCAGCCAGACCAGCUGCUACAUCAAAGAUAAAGAAGUCUUCUGCAAAAUAGAUUAUUUCAGACGGUUCGGAACGUGGUGCGCCUGCUGCGGCCGCAACAUCCACUCCACCGACUGGGUCCGCCGGGCCAAAGGCAACGUCUACCACCUGGCUUGUUUCGCCUGCUUCUCCUGCAAGAGGCAGCUGUCCACCGGGGAGGAGUUCGCCCUGGUGGAGGAGAAGGUUCUGUGUCGGGUCCACUACGACUGCAUGCUGGACAACCUGAAGAGAGCAGUGGAGAAAGGCGGCAGCGUCAACAUGGAGGGGGCUUUACCCACCGAGCAGGAGAACUCUCACCCCAAACCCUCCAAGAGAGCGCGCACCAGCUUCACCUCCGACCAGCUGCAGGUGAUGCAGGCGCAGUUUGCUCAGGACAAUAACCCGGACGCUCAGACGCUGCAGAAGCUGGCAGAACAGACGGGACUGAGCCGACGGGUCAUACAGGUCUGGUUCCAGAACUGCCGAGCUCGUCACAAAAAGCACGUGAGCCCCAACCACACUUCCAGCACGCCGAUGACGUCCCUGCAGCCCCCCCGCCUGGCCCAGCCCACCCCCACACCGGAGGAGCUGCAGUACACGGCCUACGGGGGUCCGGAGGGCUCCAUGCUCUCGGCACUGCACUCUUUCAUAGACAGUGAGCACCAGGCCUUUUAUGACCUCGCUUACCAUUGAUCUUGGGAGCCAAGCAAACAAACAAGGCCAUCCUGGAACUGAAUAACUGCACAAACAGCAUGUGAAAUCUUUUCAACGUGGUGACGCAAAUCAUGAUCGACACAAAAAUUUGAAACUUAACCUUGGCCAAAGGUCUAAAACCAAUCUGGAUCCGUGGAGCUUUAACCAGAUCCGAUUUAUCUUUCUAUUACAGUAUGUUGAGCAGUGAAAUCCUGAAGUGGGCAGGGAAGAUUCGGUCUCAAAACAUCACGAGACACACAUCCAAAGAUGAGCAUUUGCCAAAUUGCCUUUAAAAAAACGUCCACAUUCUCCAAUUGAAAAUGAUCCACAGAGUAUAUUUUACGACAGAUGCCAUGUGAAUUGGGGUGUUGUUCCUGCCGUAGAGCAAAAAAAUAUGAAUAAAUAACAGGUCAGCACUUCAAAACUCAGACCAAUUGUUGAGCAUCAAAUACAACAAGAGAAGAUUCAAUCAGGAUUAAAUCCAGGGAUGAGUGAGACCAAGAAUAAAAAAGGAAACAAUACUCAACUUGUCAAUGUUCGUGUGGGGUUUCAAGCUCUGAACUGAGAUGAUAGUUAUGUGAAGAAAGUGUGUAUUGCUCUCCCUGUGGGGACAUUGUGAGGUUUCUCCUUGCCAUAAUGCUUUCCUCAGCCUCUCACCUUGAACCUCACCAUCCAAGACAAACGGCUCACCUGAACCAAACUGAAAACUCAUGAUAAAGACCCAGUUAUUUCUUCACUCUCAAAUUGAGGUUUGCACCUGUGGGGACCGGGAGAAUGUCCCCACGAAGACACACUCACAUCAGUCAUCUCGAUGUUAAGUAUCUUGUAAAUAUCCGUCUCCACUCUGCCACUCAGCACCGCUCGUGUGGAGCCGACUUCUGUGUCUGUGACAUGGACUUACUGUUGUGAAAGUGAUGGCAGUCACCUGUUAAUAUGGCUAUUUAAUUUAU